AUGCCACACCUCAAGUAUUAUUUUUUUGGUACAUCGAAUGAUCAACCGCGGCGUCCACCCCCUCUUCAUUUUCUUUCACUUUCAGGUCCCUUUCCCCUCUACCUUUUUACCGGCUUUUUCAUCCGGCGUUCAGCCAUCCUUUUUUACACAUAUGCAUAUAUACGUUUUGUAAUCAGAGACAGGAACACCAAGCUCCCCACACGGUGCCGUAUUAAUGGAGAAGAAGCUGUGGACUGGAGAAGAUGA